AUGGGUAUUUCUAUCCGUUUCAGCACCUGGUUGUACGAACUAUGUCGAGGACGAGACUACCAAGCAGUGAGUGUUCGAUCUCUAGUAAAAUCCAUCGCUUGCAGUAAAAACUUCUUCGGGAAAUCUGCGCUCAUAAAGGAUGACGAGAUUUUCCAAUGGAUGAUCAAUUUGGCUAGUGAAAUAGUUGAGCGGGUCGCCAUUGAUAGAGCCAAUCACAGUCGUCUGCCCACCAAUUUGUCAAUUUUUCUCCGCUCCGACAAAACAGAUUUGAGGUCGAAAACCCUUAAUCCUGGCAUACUGGCCUCUAUUCCUCCACGUUCCCAGCAAAUAAAUGAGGAAGCGGAGUCUCAGAUUGCCAGAAGGAUCGCUGAAAUGGCCCAUGGAGCAGUGCGAGGCCUUGUUGGGACUGCUCCCAUCACAAACAUAUCUCUCUCGGUGGGGAAGUUCAUAUCUGACCACAGUGUAGCCUGUGGGGAUGUGAAGAAGCUUCUCACUGAACCACCGAAACGGCUUAAAAGGGAGUCGUUCUUCCGUAAGCUUAUUGAAGAUAGGAAGGAUGAGGAUCAGUCUACACCUAAAGUGGCUCGCGAGGUCUCCCCCCGUGUAGCUGACAAUGGAACUCAAGAAGAAACGAGUACCAGCAAUGAGCUAAUCUAUUUUCAACGCCAUAGUCCAACGGCUGAAAAGGUCUUGUGUGCGGAUUGUGGCUCUUAUGUGCUGAUGCAUCUCAUGCCCGAGCACCAGGACUUUCAUUUCGCGCGAAAAGUUCAACAGGAGUGGAAUAGGGAGGUGAACAAGGUUCCGCAAAUUCCGCAUACCAAAAAGGAAGUCAAAUUGGAUCGGGAAGUGAAAGGGGCGCGUGGAAAACGGAAGAAGGAAUUGGGACUUACAAAAAUAGAUAAUUAUUUUUUCAAGAACGAUUAA